GGGCUCCAUUGCCAAGUGACCUGAAAUCCUCUAUAAAUCCUCUCCCCUUGUGCUCAGCUGCUCACCACCAAAACCAAAGCAGAGCAAGCACCCGGCAGAUCGACACCUGUCUUCCUCCUCUCCCCUCCAACCACUCCAACCAUCAGCUCGAACACCAAGAAAGCCUCCAAUGGAGCUCCACUUCCAGCCGCAGUCAUCAGGGUUCCAGCUCGAGGAUUACAGCAGCUACUACUACUACUACUACCAGCAGGAGGCGGCGGCGCAGGCCAAGCCGUCCAAGCCGCGGGGCCGGAAGAAGGGCAGCAACAACCACAGCAAGUUCGUCGGCGUCCGGCAGCGGCCGUCGGGGCGGUGGGUGGCCGAGAUCAAGGACACCACGCAGAAGAUCCGCAUGUGGCUCGGCACCUUCGAGACCGCCGAGGCCGCCGCCAAGGCCUACGACGAGGCCGCCCGCCUCCUCCGCGGCAACGAAGCCCGCACCAACUUCGCGCCCCGCAUCUCCCCGGACUGCCCGCUCGCCGUCCGCAUCCGCGGCCUCCUCCACCACAAGAAGGUCAAGAAGGCCAAGGCCGCCGCGGCGAGCUCCUCCUCGGCCGCCGCCGCCGCCGUCUCGAAGAAGAAGGCGGCGAUCUCCCCUGCUCCCACCACGAGCAAUAGCAAUAGCAAUAGCAAUAGCAAUAAUAAUAGUAAUAGCACGAAUAGUGCUUGUGGUGGCUCUAGCAGCAGCAGCAGCAGCUCCAGCAGCGCAGUCAGCUGCGACGACGCCGUGCUAAAUGGCGGCGGCGGCGCGCUGGACGCCAGUGAGGUGUACCGGCCGGAGUUCGCCGCCGUGGGCGCCGAAGAGUUCGAUUCUUGGAUGUUCGACUCGGCGUUCGGCCAGUUCCCGGCUCUGGACAGCUUCGCCGCUGUCGACACCGCCGUCCCAGCCGCACCCGUGGAAGAGGAGCCGGUCGCCACCGCGGCGCCGGGCGAAAUGGCGGAGUUCGAGCGGAUCAAGGUGGAGCGGCGCAUCUCGGCGUCGCUGUACGCCAUGAACGGCCUGCAGGAGUAUUUCGACCGGGUGCUCGACGCCUCCGCCUGCGACCCGCUCUGGGAUCUCUCGCCGCUCUGCCACUGAGCUAGUAGCUAGCCUCACCUCAACUGCGUGCGUGCGUCGUCGUUCUUGCUCUUUCGCCUCCUGGAUGUUGGCCAUUGUCGGGGAAGUAACAGGUGUCAGGUGUAUGUGUGCGUGCGCGGUGUAAAGAGGAAGACGAAGAUCGAGGAUCCUACUCGUUGUAGCCAGUGGAUGCAUUUUUGUGCGAAAAUGCUUCGAAUUUUGCCGUGUGGCAAAGCAAGUCAUUGUGCAUUCCAAUUUUCAGGAUGUAGUAUCUCUUCUUGAGCUGCAUAAUGGCACCUGAUCUCGGAAUUCAAUUCUUUUGGUGUACCCUUUGUGGAGAUAAAUUCGGUGUA